GCGGCGGCGGCGGCGCGCGCCGGCCUCCUCCUCCUCCUCCUCCUCCUCCGCCUCCCGCACUCGAGCAGCCGCCGCCGGCCGGACGGGCGCCGCUCCCGCCGCCUCCUUUCAGCCCGCUCGGCCCGCGCCGCGCGCCUCUGCCCGGCAUGUCGGCGGCCGUGGCGUGCGUGGAUUACUUCGCUGCCGACGUGCUCAUGGCCAUCUCCUCGGGCGCGGUGGUGCACCGCGGGCGGCCGGGCCCCGAGGGCGCGGGCCCCGCCGCCGGCUUGGAGGUGCGCGCGCCGCGCCGCGAGGCCGCCCCGCCCGGGCCCCCGGGGCCGCCCCCGCCGCCCCCCGCCGCCUCCGGCCCGGGCCCCGCCGCCGCCGCCGCCGCCGCCGCCGCGCCCCACCUGCUGGCCGCCAGCAUCCUGGCCGACCUGCGCAGCGGGCCCGGCGCCGCCCCGGGGGGCGCCUCGCCCGCCUCCUCCUCCUCGGCCGCCUCGUCCCCGUCCUCCGGCCGCGCCCCCGGCGCCGCGCCCGCCGCCGCCAAGAGCCACCGCUGUCCCUUCCCGGGCUGCGCCAAGGCGUACUACAAGUCCUCGCACCUCAAGUCGCACCUGCGGACACACACAGGUGAACGCCCCUUUGCCUGUGACUGGCCUGGCUGCGACAAGAAGUUCGCGCGCUCCGACGAGCUGGCGCGCCACCACCGGACGCACACCGGCGAGAAGCGCUUUCCCUGCCCGCUCUGCUCCAAGCGCUUCACCCGGAGCGACCACCUGACCAAGCACGCGCGCCGCCACCCCGGCUUCCGCCCGGAACUGCUCCGGCGCCCGGGCGCCCGCAGCGCCUCACCCAGCGACUCGCUGCCCUGCAGCCUGGCCGGCAGCCCCGCGCCCAGCCCCGCGCCCAGCCCGGCCCCCUCUGGCCUGUAGGGCCCUAGUCCAGCCCGCCCUGCCGCACCCCUGCUGGGCCUGGGCCUGGAGCACCAGCAAAACGCCUGCUGUCCAUAGCCCGGGGAGGGCCACGGAGCGACAGCCAGCGUCCCCGACACUGGGGGGUGGGGGGGAGGUGGCCCUCGGGAGGGGUGGCUGGGGCCCCGUGUCUGUAAAUAGCCAUGUUGGAUAACUCUUCCUAUGUGUUAAACGGGAACCCCAGGUGGGCAGCCGUCAGGCACUCCCCUCCCCCCAUCGCCACCUCCCUGCUUUGGAGAGGGUGGGUCUGGGGGGAGCGGCCCAGGAAAGCGGCACAUAACCAGUGCUCAGACUUGGCCCCCCAGGCCCCCUCUCCAGGUUGGGAUGAUGUGUGCAAAGAGCCAUAGAUGAACCAGGGGUUCCCGCGGCCCCACCCCCACCCGGCCCGGGGCCCCUCACCCCACUGAAAGCCAUUGGAGACGUUCAGGGAACUGGGGUGCGGCCCCAGCCGCCCCCAUCCGGGUACUCAAUCUCAGGUGUCCACAGAGUCUGCCCUGCCGCCCAGCCCCCCCAGCAGUGGGGGCAGGGUGGGGAGGGGGGAGGCAGUAGGGUCCAGGUUUUGCUCCUAAAACUGGGGUAGGGAGGGAGAGAAAGGGGUUCUUCCAAAGAGCAUUUGGACUCUCGUUGAGGCGAGGCGGGUGACAUGGGCUGGGGCAGAUGCCUGCUUAUUUAUUUUCCUGUCUCUGCUGGUAGGAAGGAGGGGGCGGGGAGCUGACCCCCUCAGGGCGGGUGUGUGAGUGUGUGAGUGAGGACUGCUCCCGCCAGGGUGGCAGCGUUGGCCUUCCACAGCAUCAUGUGACAAUCAAUCCCUCCUGUUUGGGACCAUGACAGUCAUUGAGCAUCGGGCAGCCCUUCCCUGCAGGUCCCCUGGUCGCGUGGCCCCUGGACCAGAGGCUGAGGUCCUGCUUUGCAAGGGCAGGAAGCAUGAGGGCUGACCCCUGAACCCCAUGGGAUAGCUUGCUUUUUUGGACCGGAGAGAAUAUUUUUUCAGGCGCCAAUCCCUUUCUUGAUCUGGGCCCCAUGGGUGGUCCGUUGUCCUCAGGGGGUGUGGGUGUUGGGGAGGGAAUGUCUGUGUGACCCGUACUUGGGGGGCGGGGGUAAGCGGCACGGCCCCUCCCUGUGUCUGCCCACCGUGGCUUCGGCUGGAUUUCAUUUUGGGUGGGGGCUGAGGACGGCGCCCUAGAGCGGGAGAGGCCCCGGGGCCCCUGUCCGAAGACCCUGAAAGGGCCUGUCUCCCACCGUCGGCCACAGGAGGCUUGUGGCCCUCACGUGUGUUCCAGAACCUUUCUGUCUCCCCAGUGGGGGCUGGGGGUCUGGAUGGCGUUGGUGUGGACUGGACCUGGCCUGGCAGCAUGGGGGUGGGUGCCGGGGGUCCUGGGGACAAGGCCAGGGAAGCCCUUUGGAGCUGGGCUGGGAGGGGGCCGUCUCACCCAGUCUCUGGGCGCUCUUCGCAGGGCUGGUGCGUUUGUGCCCUUAACCCCCCCUUGCCAGCAGUGUCGGUGAGAUGCCUUAGUCUGCGGGGGCAGAGGCGGGGUCCCUGUUCCUGUGUCUUCAUGGACAUUCUCCCGGUUGCCCCACCCCCGGCCGGUGUCUCUGCGGGACACAAACUGCAGGUCUGAGGGCCACUCAUCCCUGGACCCUCUUCAGCGUCCAGGGCCCCGGACCGACCUGGGCCCCUCCUCCCCCAAGGACCUGGAGGUCACUGGGACCUAGUUUCAGCCACUUCGCGGUGGCAUCUCAAGGGGAGGGAGGGGGGAGGGCCCAAGGGACUCGUGCUUUCAGGUGGCGCCCCCCCCUUCCCCUGUCCUGCCUGGCCUUUUCCUUGUAUUUAAUUAAACAAGCCCUUUUUUAAACCCGA